AUGGAAGUUACUACUAGUGGUGUGAUGGAUUUAAUGAAAGAAAUUUCCACCGGACCUUCCAUCGCACAAGAUACAGAAGACUCUGAAUCUAAACAACUUACCACAGUGAUCGUAUUUGUGAUAUCAGCCAUAUUAGCAAUAGCUUUGUUAUUUGUUAUAGCAGUAUUUAUCGAUUGUAGACAGGAGAAACUUCAAAAGUUAAAUUCCAAAGUUAAGCCAAAGAGGAAACUAAAACUGAAACUUCCUUUGCCGAUCGUGGGUCGGGCGCUUAGAGAAGAUCAAAAUUCCAUUUUGGAUAAAAUGCACGUGGGCGAAUGUUCGGGUUCUCUCGCUUGA